AUGGACGCCGCCGGCCCCCAGCGCCAGCAGCCGCGGGUCGUCCUCCGGCUGCCCCCCUGCUGGCUGCUCACCGCCGCCCUGCUGUCGCUGCUGCUGCUGCUCGCCUACUACUGCUCAGGAUGGAGCAGGGCGGCCCUGCAGGUGCAAGAGCUGGCUCGUCAGAUGGGCUGCUCGCCGGCAACUCAGGCUGCCGCCACGACGCCGCCAACUCUGGCUGCCGCCACGACGCCGCCGCCCCCGCAGCGCACCGUGUACGUCAUCACCCCCACGUACCGCCGGCCCGAGCAGCUGGCCGAGCUGACGCGCCUGGCGCAGACGCUGAUGCACGUGCCCGCGCUGCACUGGCUCGUCGUCGAAGAGGAGGCCCCCACCACAACACUGGUCUCCGAGCUGCUCGCCUCGACCGGUAUCCCCUACGACCACCUCGUCGGGCCAAUGCCAGAGGAGUAUAAGAACAAAACAGGAACGAAAGCGCGUGGAGUUUCACAACGCAAUAGAGGACUGCAGUGGAUAAGAGCGAAUGCAACAACAGGGGUCUUGUAUUUUGGUGAUGAUGAUAACGCGUACAACAUUCGGUUAUUUGAAGAAAUGCGAUCUACUGAGAGAGUAGCAAUGUGGCCUGUAGGCUUAGUCACAGGUUAUGGCAUCAGCACACCUGUGGUUGCAGAUGGCAAGUUUAAGGGCUUCUAUGAUGGUUGGAUUGGUGGACGCAAGUUUCCUGUUGAUAUGGCAGGUUUUGCGGUCAGUGUAGAAUUCUUGCUGCAGAGACCAAACGCUUCGAUGCCAUACAAGGCUGGUUUUGAAGAAGAUGGUUUUUUGAAAAGUUUGGCGCCAUUUGAGCCCCAUGAAAUAGAAUUAAAAGCCAACAACUGCACCAAGGUACUGGUGUGGCACACUCAGACUAAGAAGAACAAACCAUCAGCAGUGCUAGACAUGAAAAAAUACAAUAAUACAAAUUUGGUACUUCUCAAGAAAGUUAUUGUGUAGGGAUGUUCAAUGAAACAUGAUAAAAACUUAACAAAAGUGUCAUCGAAACUUUAAGACCUGUGAUGUGAAAUCAUUUUCUACUGAUUUUCUUAACUGCAAGUCACACUUCAUACUCCCAUUUAAAUACUUUAUUUUUGUGCCCAAAGACUAGUACUCAAUAUUUUCAUUCAAUAUACUCUUCCUUUGAUCUUCAGCUGUUAACAUGACAACAUUAUCGUACAUUUUUAAGUUUACAUUUUAAUGCUAAACAUAUAUCUUUCCUCUAAAUCAAAGGAAAUACUCAUUUUAGAUAUCAUCUUCUAUAUAAUCCUUCAUUUCUAACAUUAUUUCUCAUAUCAUUGCUGUAAGAAAGUGCUUUCCAUUCUGUAAAUUAGGAACCUAUAUUUAGCUUAAGAAACUUGGAGCUAUGAUCUGUGAAAAUGUGUACAAAUAUAAACCUGUUUCGACACCAAUAAGCUGUCACAGUCUGUAACGACUACUCCAUCAUUGUUAAAAGUAGAAGUAAGAAAGGAACAGAAUAUUCUUUUGUGUGUGUCUGUGUGUAAGUGUAUGUGUAGGGGAGUAAGAGGGAAAUGGG